AUGGCGGACCUCGGUUCGCGUGUCGCGGCACUGGAGGAAGAGAAGCGCAAGCUUCUCUCUGGAUGGCAGCGCGAGCGCGACGAGAAUGUCCGCAAGACUGAGCUCGCCUCUGUGACGCUUGUUGUCGAGAAGGCACAAACUGGGGAGAAUACAUUGACGUUCAAAGCGCGCGCUCUGGAGCAGCAGCUUGAUCUGGCGCAAAAAGACGUAGAAUGGACGCGCUCGGCGCUCUCGAAAGAACACGAGGCGUUUGCGGCGAGCCGCGCCGAGCUGCAUGCGCGCCUCACACGUGCAGAGACUGCACUUGAUCUUGCGCAGCAAGGGCGCACGAGUGCCGAGGCACAGCUGGCGCAAGCAGAGCGCGCUUUGCGCGAGACACAAUCGCUGCACGCCGAUGCUACACAACGUGCUUCGUCGUGUGACGCCAGGCUUGCCGCACAAGAGCAGGAAUCGAUGCUGACGGAAGCGUCCAUGAAGCGCACUGUUGCGCUUGGGGAGGCGCGCGUCGAGCACGCAGAACGGCGCGCCGCUGAACUCGCGUCGUCCUACGAAGCUUUGCUCGCGCAGUAUUCAGAGCAAGAGCACGCAGCAGAGGCCGCACAAGAGCAGAACAUUGCGCUACAGCACGCACUUGACCGUCUCGCCGGCGGGCUUGGCAUCGAAGUGCACGGCUCGGGCGGUGAGGAAAGGAUCUUUGAUACCGAGCCCACACCUUCGCUCGCAGCUUUGCGCGCGAGUAAGAUCCAGCGCGAUGGCAUGUCUUUCAGCGAUGUAUAUCUUGCGCUGGUGCGUGCAGAAGAAGAGCUCCGACGUGAGCGACUCGAGACGACGCGACUCGAAGGCGUCCUCGCCGAAGUCAAUGCGGACGUCGAGUCGCAUAUUCCGCAGCUGCGUGCACAGCGCGACGAGAAUGUAUCGCUGCGCAUGGAAUUGGACGCCGCACAAUCCGAGGCACAGGAGGCCGAGGAGCAGCGUUCGGCUGCCACGUACGCUGCGACAGAGGCAAAAGCGCACGUCGCACAGAUGGAGCGCGAAAAUAGACUCUUGUUACAGCAACUGGAGGAUACGGGGCGCCAAGUGCGCACACUUCUCCGCGAAGUCACUAUUCUUCGUGACCCUUCUGCGGCCGAGGCAUUCGCGGACGAGGGCACAGCCAGCGGUGCCACCGACGUCCACGCUGUGAUUUCCGAACAACUCGUCACCUUCCGCAACAUGGACGAGUUGUGUGGGCAGAAUGCGCGUCUUUUGCAUGCCGUCCGCGAGCUUGGGGACAAGAUGGAGUCGCUCGAGGGACGGCCAGACGCCAGCGACGAGACUGUGCAAGAAGCAACCACCCUCUUGACCCAGUUGCGCGACGAACUUACUCGCGAACGAGAAGCACUCGCAGAAGCGCGCAAAGAGCGCGACAUGUUUCGCUUCAUGGCGCUCACUUCCGACCAAGAUGCUCGUCCUGGGGACACGGUGCAGCGCGAUUUGGCCGCCGCACAAUCUGAAGCGCGACAAGCAGUCGCGGCCCGCGACGUCGCACAGGAAAAGCUCGCUGUGCUGCAGCACACCGUCGACCUACACGAGCGCCAGCUCAGCGACUACCGCGCAGAAAUGGACCGAAUUCAUACGCUUUUGCAGACGCACCAAGCCAUGGUACAAGCCAAGGAGGAGCACCUUUUGGUCGCGCAGGGCACGCUCGAAGCCGUGCGUGCGCAGCUCGCCUCGACCGAGGCGCAGCUGCGCGUCAGUUCUGAGCAGCGCGACGCGCUACUCAACGAAAACACCAAGCUCAGCCUCGCGCGCAGCGAAGCAGAACAUGCACUACGUUCUGUACAAGAAUCCGAUGCCGACCAAGAGCAGAAACGCAGCGGCGAUGCAGAGCGGAUGCAGGAGGAAAUGGGCACACUGCGUGUUGCACUCAGCAACGCCGAAGCCAAGUAUGCCGAAGAGCACGCUCUGCUAGCACAGACCACGCUUCGCAAAGACGUCGAGACGCGAGGCUUGCAGGAGCGCCUCGAUGCAUUGCAACAGCAGCAUACCAGCGCGCGUGAAUCGCUCGCGACCGCACAAGCAAAUGCGAUGCACUUUGAGCGGCGCGCCGCAGAUCUGCAUGCACAGCUCGAACAAGCGCGCAACUAUACGCAGCUCUUUGAAAAGCAGCUUGCAGCCAUGGAAGAAGGGCGCAAAGCCGCAGCGGCCGCGGCGAUUGGCGGUGCAAGUGCCGUUGCGAGCAACCUCUCUCCAGAAAAGCAGCUCGAAAUGGAACUCUCCGAUGUGCGCAGAGGCCGCGCAGCUGCGGAGGCUGAAACAAUGGCGGCCAACGAAGCGCUUGCCAGUGCGAAUACGGCCAAAGAAACGCUCCAGACCCAGCUUGAUGCGGUACAACUGUCGCUGAAUGAGGCGCAAAGCACCGUGCAAGAGCUUACUUCGUCCCAGGCGCAGGCUGCGUCGGAGUUCAAGCAGCAGCAAGAAGACCACGAAGCACAAAUCGCUUCUUUGCGCGCCGCCAUUGCCAGCUUGGAAGAAACGGCCAAAACGGAGCGCGAAGAACAUGCCCAGGCAAAGCGCGAACUCGAAGAGGCCAUCACCGGCCUGCAAUCCGCAGAAUCGAUUGCGAGCGAACCCAGUGCCUGGGACGAGGUGCGCAAGUUUUCUGCGGCUGCAAAAGAUGCCGAAGGCCGCGCUGCCGACGCGGCUCAAUCGCUCGCCGCCGCCAAGCAAGAAUCGGAGCGUCUCACCUCAGAGCUCCAGCGCAUCACAGCAGAGAGCGAUGCAUUGCGCCAUGCGCGCGAUUUGGCCGAGGCGCAGAGCAACCGGCAAGUACUCGAGGCUGAGGAGCAGCAGCGCACACUGGAGAAGAAAUUGGCAUCUCUGCAGCAGGACCAUGCGGCGCUGCAGGAGCAAAACAACCAGCUGCACUUGCAUCUCGAAUCGCUCGGCAGCCAAGUCGCCGAGCUGGGCAAAGGGCCCGAUGUGGAGCAAGUCUCCACCGCAGGAGACCUACACCAAGUAAUUCGGUACCUGCGCCGCGAAAAAGAUGCCCUCGAGCUCCAAGCAGAGCUCGCGCGACAAGAACAAGGCUCUCUGCGGCAGCAGUGCGCGCGUGCAGAACAGCGUGCGGAAGAACUUCAAAGCGAGCUUGUACAGAGCAAAGCGCCGACUGUUGAAGCGUCUGGUACACAAUAUACCGAGCUGCUCGAAAAGAUCAACCAGCUCUCUUCCCUGCGCGAGCAUGUAACGACGCUGCGCGAAGGAAAACAGGCGCUCGAGCACCGACUGCAGCAGCAGACAGGCCAGCUGGAAAAGGCACAAACUGAGCUGCAGCCGUUCCGCGAUGCACUGCAGAUGACACAAGUGGAGUUGGAGACGUGCAAGAGCCAAAUGCAUGUGGUGCAAGAGGAUGUGCAGCGCUGGAAAUCGCGCGCGCAGGGACUUUUGCAGAGCAGUGGCGUUGGCGAAGAGCUCAAGAAGGUCGAGCAGGAGCGGCAGGAUGCACAGGCACAAGUGACUGCCGCACAGGCAGAGCUUGAAGCUGAGCGUGCGCGGCUGUCCUCAGAGUUGCAAACGGCGAACGCGCGUUUCGAGCAAUUGCGCGAGCAGGUUCGGGCACGAAUUACACAGGAGCGUCGCGCUGUUGCGGACGCGACGGAGCGUGCGAAUCAGCUGCAGCAAGAGAAGGAGGCACAGGCUGUGGCACACGCAGAAGAGGCCAAGAAGCUGGAGGCAGCGAUGGAUCUGCUCCGCGAGCAGCUGCAGGCUGGAGAGUCCGAAGCAAAGUCGAAAGGGCCGCCAGAAGGACAGCCUGAAGGACAGUCAGAAGGACAGUCAGAAGGACAGUCAGACGAGCAGUCAGAAGAGCAGCCAGAAGGGCAGCCAGACGGACAGCCAGAAGGGCAGCUGGAAGAACAACAUGCCCAAUCUGCUCAGUCUACACAGUCCGCUCAAGCCGCUCAACCAGAAGCGGCCAGCACCGCGGAUACGCCAUGGCUUGCCGAAAAAGCGGAGCUCGAAAAGCAGCUGCAAGCAAAGACAGAAGAGUGCGAGAAGCACAAGAACUUUGCACGCACGUUCCUCAAGGAUAAGCGUGCAGCAGAAGCUCAAUGCAAGACGCAAACGGAGCAGCUCGACACGCUCCAAAAGCAGCUUGAAGCGGCAAGCGCAGCUGUCCAGACCGAAAAAUUGCCCGCUUCGGACACUAACACCAUCAACCCAGAGAUAGAGAGCUUGCGCCAACGGAUUGCCGAGCUCGAGGCACAGCUUGUCGCUGCCAAUGCACGCAUUGCCGAACUCGAAGCGGCGAACGCUGCGUCGAAUAAUGCAGCACAGGAGAAACAGGCUGGCAUUGAUGCACUCAAAGCCCAGCAACACACAGCACCGACUGACUUGCAAGCCGCACUCGAAGCCAAAGAGGCAGAGCUCAAGGUCCACUACCAGCCGCUCCUCCAAGCACGCUACGACGACGGGAAGCACGAAGCGACGUUGCGUAAUACCAUCAUGCUCAAGCAACGCGAUAAUAAGAUUGUUCGACUCACUGCCGAGAUCCACGAGCUCAAGACCAAGCUUGGCAUUCCGUCCGAAGUGCCAGAUUCAGCACCGCAGGAGAAACCGAAGGCCGAGUCGUCUAAGCCAAAGACGGCACGCCCUGCUGUUGUGCGUGGCGGAGCGCCGGCACAAGGUCGAGGAGGACAUCCGAAACCAGUGCCGCUCCUCCAGCGUACAGGAGCUUCGAUACGUGGAGCUGCUACUGGCCGCGGCGCAUUGUCUGUUGCUGGCGGUGCAAAACGCAAGCGAGAACUGAAUGUCCCGGGCUCAGCACCAGAAACCAAGGGCAAGGGCGGGGCUGCAAAAAAGCCGCGCGAGGGAGAGUAG